GUGUUUACGCUGGAAACUAAUCUGGCAACCCAUAACUUCCGUCGGUUCCAGUUGUUUGUUUUCAUUUGUCAAUAAAGUUUUUUUCUGUUGCGGUUCAAAAGCUCUUGAGUAUGCUCCCGCAGUUUUUUCCUCCUCGUAAAUGUUGUCAGUUCAUUCAGAAAGUUUUCAAACUGCAGUCCCGCGCGCUCGUGUCAGAUUCCGCGCGCGCAGAUGAGCACAUCAGAAGAUUCAUCCGUGACAACACGCAGGUCUGCAGGGAUCAGAGUCUGACUCCGCAGAUCCAGCUCCGGUUAUUCACUCCGAGCUGCAGAUUCUGGAGGGAGAGCCCGGAGCUGUGGCCGUUCGGGGAUCCGUACUGGGCGUUGUACUGGCCGGGAGGACAAGCGCUCUGCAGAUUCCUCCUGGACUCCCCCGGGGAGUGUCGCGGGAAGGCGGUGCUGGACGUGGGAAGCGGCUGCGGAGCUGGAGCCAUCGCCGCUCGGCUCUGCGGAGCCUCCCGGGUGGUGGCGAACGACACGGACCCGGUUGCAGCUGUUGCCGUCCGCAUGAACUGCGAGCUGAACGGCGUGGUGCCGCCCGUUUGCGUGACAGACAACCUGAUCGGGUCAGAACCUGAAGACUUCCAGGUUAUCCUCCUGGGGGACAUGUUCUACGACGACGCCCUCGCUGCCAGCCUCCACAGCUGGUUGGACCGCUGCAUCAGAAGUCAGGGGACCAAAGUUCUGAUCGGGGAUCCUGGGCGAUCGCAGUUUGAGGAUUUCUCCUCCACAAAUGUCCUGCAGCGUUUGGCGCAGUUUGAGCUCCCUGAGUGCGUCCGAGAAGAAAACUACGGUCUGACCUGCAGCAGUGUGUGGAAAUAUUGUCCUUAACUCUGAGAACAGAAGUGGGUUUGACCUGAAAACCAUUAAUAUAUCAAAGUGUCUCAUCCUUUAUUUUGAUUCCUUUAGCACACUUGUGAGAUGUCUAGUCUUCUUUGAACAUCUUUGAAUUAAAAAGGUCUCUUUCUAAA